GCAUAUUGUUUUUCAUCAUGUUCAAGUAAAGGCCUGGAUAUCACCAGUUACUUUAGCCACUUGGUCACACACUGAGUAAGAAGGAAAGAGGCUGACAGACGGCUUGCUUCCUGUCUGGAUUUCCUGUCAAGUGAGUCAUGGUGGAACCCAGAGAAGCUGGACAGCAACACGUGCUGCUACCGCCAUCUGCUGUGUCGUAUGUUUGAUGUCAUCGUCACUGGGGCAAGCCAGGGGCCCAUUGCAGCCAGCUUCAGGGCCCUGAGGACGCUACUCUUCUAGGUACUGAAACUUGAUAUGUUACACACUGGAUUUCAGUGCACAGACGGAUGCUUCACUCAACUCACUCGAAGGAUAGUCCAUCGUUCCUCUAGGUAUGCUACAAUGCUACCUUUCACCCCACCAUCGACAGGCGGGUGAGGGUGAGACACAAGCCAUGGGGAAGUUCUGUGAGGAGGCUGUAACUGGGACAGGCAAGGCCCGGGACAAGACCUGCUAGUGGGGUUGGAGGAGCUGCUGCUCGGUGGCCAGCUGCCCUGCCUACACCUCCAAAACCAUACUGAGGGCUCUGGGAGAGUCUGUGCCGUCUGUUCUAAUGCCGGAGCCUGCUGGAGCAGAGCGGGCCGGAGAAACCCAUCAUUCUAAAGGACAAAGGCCCUGCUCACGCAGCUGGUCCUGGGGAAGUACAAUGAACAGGCAGCCCCCCACCACCUGGUGAAGGACCAGGCCUGCAUGGAGCUCUUCAUCGAGGCCCUGGGCACGGUGUCUAAACCCUUACCCUGAUAUCCCCUGCUUCCAGAUCAUCGCCCUAUAACAGGCAUUCUACUCAGCCCUGUGAGAUGAGAAGGUCCAGCAGAGACUCCUGGGGGUUUGACCUGCUGGUGGAGAGCAGGAGUGCUGUCUGUGCCCAGACCGUUGUCAGUGUCUUCAAACGGGUGAGGAGGAACCUUUGCAUACUGCAUCUACUAGCACCGCACUAGAUGCUAAUGCUAUCCUCUCACUGUAGAGUGCUGUGGAUGGCAUGCUAGUGGCUAACGAGCUAGACCCGCAGGAGCAAGAUGCUGCAGAGGAAGGCCAGGACACUUCUCAGCCAGUGCCAGAAGAGGGCGCUGUGUCCUGGGAGAGGGUGACUCUCAUCCUAGAGCUGCUACAGCACAAGAAGAAGUUGCAGAGGCCUCAGAUGCUAGUUCCCGCUCUCUUCAGCAUCCUCUCUUAGGUGCCUGGAGACGUCAACCGUGGAGCAAGACAACCUAGAGUACGCCAAGCAUGUAGGCCAUGUCUGUUCAACGUCUGACAGAAGCUCUCCCCCGACGGAGGACCCGUCAGCAAAGAUGUGCUGGAUGAGUUCAACAUGGAGCAUCUCAGCCAUCACAGAACCAUUUCUCAGCUAUUAGAUAGCUUUUUCCAGUCAAGUGUGCCAAUGACCUCUUGACUCCGCCCCAUCCUUUUCCAGGAGAAAGUCCUGCACAUCAUUAAGGCCAUCUUCACGUUCAUGGGCGCCAACAUCACAUCUGGACGACGCCUAGCGCUUUCAGAUCAUCAACAACACCACUAAGUCAACGAACUAGCGGCUGAUGCCUGCAGUGCUGCAGACUCUAGACAUCACCUCUUUCCUCUCUGCUAAUGAGGUCUACAUGCUGAGUGCCGUCACAGCCCUGCAACGCGUCACUGAGACCCUGCCUCACUUCAUCAACCGGGACAAAAGGACACCGCUGCAGCGUAAUGUGGCUCGACUGAGGCGGGUGGCAGAGAAGGCCACCACCACCCCACAGCUGGCCGUGUGACUGGCCUCCCUCAGGACCACCGUGGCCACCAAGGUUCCCUCCCAGGGUCCUGCUGCCAACCCUCGAAAAAGUACUAGAAUAAGAUGGACUCCAAACAGCCAGCUUGUUCCCCUGAUGGGCAUCUUGAAAGAGCAGGUUGGUCACAUGGAGAAGGAUCAGCUGACCUCCCACCAAUCAGAGCUCACGACCUUCCUGAUUUCUUUGGACUUCCGGGCCCAACACUGCCAGGGUGAUCUGGAGAAGACUAAGGAGAUGGAGGGCUAUCUGAUUGACUGUCUCCUGGCCUUGGUCAUGAAGCUGUCUGAAGUCUCCUUCAGGCCACUGUUCUUCAAACUCUUCGAUUGGGGCAUGACUGAGAGCACAGCCAAGGACCGCCUGUCGGACAGCAUGGCAGACAGGCUCUAACCCCUAGGUGCUCUCCAUCCUGUUCGCCGGUCACCUGGUCAAGCCCUUCUCGGACUUGCUCCGCCAGACCAACAUCACAAAGACAGACGAAGCCUUCUUCGACACAGAGGACAACAUUGAGAAGAGCUGCCCGCUGCUGGAGUACAUAGUGGACUGCCUCCAUAAGAUCUGCCUGUAUGACACAAAGCGCUUCGUCAGCACGGAGAGAGCCAAUGCCCUCAUGACCCCUCUGGUCGAUCAGGUCAGCCUCCCCUCUCCCUCACAUUACUUUAAUAAAGGACUCAUCCACAAAAAUGGCCACCAUUACAACUGAGAGACUUCCUAAUAUGGAUGCCUUACACAUGUCCCAAUGCUCUAAUCUGUUGUUGUGAUCCCCCAUUACCCCCCUAUAGCAGUGUCCCUAUAACUGUCUGUGUAUAGUUGGAGAACACCCAAGGUGGAGAAGAGGUUUACCAGACCAGAGUCACCAAGCACCUGGUGCUGUGCGUGGGCCACUUCUGCUUUGCCGUAAUAGACGACACUCGGUGGUAGACCCUCAACUACAAGAUCCUGCUGAAGACACGACACAGCUCGGCCAAGGUGUGUUUCUCUGCCCUGCUGAUGCUGCUGGAGCUGCCUAACUAAUCCGAGGGAGGACUACAUGGUCCUCCUGCCAGAGACUGUCCCCUUCCUGAACUCAUGAAGGGAUAAUGGUCCUUAUAAAGAGCUCGAGAGGAUUGCAACUCGCCUUCCGAAUUUAUAAGCGAAGUCAUCAUCACUCAGUUGGAAUUAUUGGAGCGCCUUUUUCAAAAGGACAGCCGAGGGAUGGUGUGGAGAAAGGACCAGACCUCAUUCGCUCCGCCGGAUUGGUGGAAAAGCUCAGAGCGCAAGGCUGUGCAGUCAAAGACUAUGGCAACGUGACGUUUGAGGAGGUGGCCAACGACGAGCCCAUAGGCAAUGUGAAGAGACCCAGAGCGGUGGGCAACGCCAACCAACGUCUGUCUGCUGCCGUCCACGCCGUGAAGAAUGACGGACACACCUGUGUGAUGCUGGGAGGAGACCACAGUUUGGCGAUAGGCUCGAUCCAGGGGCAUGCAGCAGCUAAGAAGGACCUCAGUGUGGUAUGGGUGGACGCCCAUGCAGACAUCAACACACCCCUGACCUCCCCUACAGGCAAUAUCCACGGACAGCCCAUGUCCUACCUCAUCCAUGAGCUGCAUUCCAAGAUUCCAGUUCUGCCCAACUUCUCCUGGAUAAAGCCAUGUGUAUCAGCCAAAGACAUAGUCUACAUUGGCUUGAGAGACGUGGACCCAGAAGAGCACCAUAUCCUGAUGUUGCUGGGUAUCAAAGGUUACUCCAUGACCGAGGUGGAUCGCCUUGGAAUAUCCAAAGUGAUGGAGGAGACGUGUGACUACAUCUUCUCAAAGGUGAAGAAGCCCAUCCAUCUGAGCUAUGACAUCGAUGCCCUGGACCCAUCCAUCUCCCCGGCCACAGGAACCCCAGUAGUGGGAGGGCUGACCUACAGAGAGGGAAUCUACAUCACAGAGCACAUCUGUCAGACAGGGAUGCUGUCUGCAGUGGACAUGGUGGAGGUGAACCCAAAGAGAGGCAAGACAGAGGAUGAGAUCAGCUCCACGGUCAACACUGCAGUAGAUCUGAUACGUGGCUGCUUCGGAAAGCUCCGGGAGGGAAACCACCCUGCAGACUACAAGAUGCCCCUGCCUUGAGCUGCCAACUACCACAGAGCCUUCUAUUACAGUGAAGGGCUGUGGCCAGCACCACCUUUCUGCACUCCAAAAUCAUCUACUCCUUUUCUGUAAUCUAGUUAACAAAUUGCCUUUUGUAUCAAAUCAUGGAGAGAUUAAAAUAGAUACCAUAUUUUUUUCCCCAGAACUGCUUCAGGGUUUGGUUGGUAUGAAUAUUGUACCCUAGGUAAUAUAGGAAUACUUCUGCAGUUCCAGUCAAUUGAGUCUGGUCUGGACAAAUGUCACACUGACUCGCUCACACUGUAGUCUUCAGUGAACACUUAUUUAUUUAGAAAACAUUAAAUCUCACAUGUACAAUAUCUGGCCACACAUCCCAUUAUUACAUUUCAAAUAAAAAUAAGGACUGCACCUUGGA